UGGAAACUUUCACCAACCACACCGACAAGGAGCCGGAGGUUGCGGAAUCAGCGGCUCUCUCAAGAGAGAGAGACGCAGAAAACCUCACUUGGGAAUCUCUACCGGCAUCGGCUGCCAUUAUUGAGCUAUGGUUUCCGUGGGUGGCGGCAUGGGGGACAAGCAGCAGGAGGAAGGUUGGUUCAUUUACAGUUUCGUUGCUCGGGGUACAAUAGUGCUAGCUGAGUUUACAGAGUACACCGGAAACUUUCCGGCGAUAGCUGCGCAAUGCCUUCAAAGGCUUCCAGCCUCCAAUAAUCGCUACACGUACGCCUGCGACCACCACACCUUCAAUUUCCUCCUCCAUGACGGCUAUGUAUAUUGUGUCGUCGCAAAGGAAUCUGUUCCAAAGCAUAUCUCGAUGGCCCUUUUGGAACGAGUGAAGGCAGACUUCAAAAAGAGAUAUGGAGGGGGCAAGGCUGACACAGCAAUUGCAAAAAGUCUGAAUAAAGAAUUUGGAUCAGUGAUUAAGGAGCACAUGCAGUAUACCAUUGAGCACGCUGAUGAGAUAGAAAAGCUUCUAAAAGUGAAGGCUCAAAUUUCAGAAAUCAAGAGCAUUAUGUUUGAAAAUAUAGAAAAGGCUAUUGAUCGAGGUGAAAAGCUUAACGAACUAGCUGAAAAGACAACUGAUUUGCAUUCUCAGGCUCAAGAUUUCAGGAAACAGGGAACAAAAAUUCGCAAGAAGAUGUGGUUUCAUAAUAUGAAAAUCAAGUUGCUUAUCCUUGGAAUACUUCUGCUGCUUGUCCUCAUUAUUUGGGUUUCCAUUUGUCAAGGAUUCAACUGCACCAAACAGGAGGAUGGAAAUGCAAAUACAAAACCAUAGUCGCUGCUAAAAGAAAGGAUUUGAUCUCUGUUUUCUGCAUAAAUCUGUACAGAGUUUGAUGGAGGGUUUUAAAAGUUGGCUUUGAUUUCGGUGGCUUCAACAAUUUAUCUAAUUUUGGUUUCAGCACUAGUUAGUUCUAUCAGUAUCUGAUUGAUAAACUUUUUUCUUUGUUUGAAAUUAUUGAAGAUGCUCAAAGCUGAAGACUUAUAUAUUUCUUUAUAUAAGAAAUAGUAUUUCUUGCAAAAAUGUAUAUUUAUGUGAUGUAAUUGGUUAUUGUU